AUGGUGAGGUUUAAAAUGUUUGAAUGGAAGGCUUACAAGGGGGUGUUCGAUGUCGAGGCAAGGAAUGGGAGGAGAAGUGAAGGCGAGGAGAACAAAGGCAAGCCAUGGGUGCCGCCAGGCAUGGCAACCCAGGUCACUAAGAUCGAGGCGCCAAGGGCGCUGUCUAGUGUGGCAACCCAAAUGGCGUUGAUCCGUGGGCAAGUUGAUCGUGGAGGGAGCGUUGAAGAUAAGAUAGUGAUCAGUGAGGUCGAGGCUCCAGGGGUCGACAUUGAGGGAAACGCACCAUGGGCCCUGUGCACCGAUAAGUGUGUAAGGGGAGCUGAUGUCAAGGCGUUGUUGGUGACUGGCGCUGAUGGUGAGGCACCGCUAGCACUAGGUAAGACACAGCUGGUGACAAGCGCUGAUGGUGAGGCACUGGGUGAGAUGCAGCUGGUGAAGGGCGCCGAUGGUGAGGCACCGCUGGUGUUGGGUGAGACAUAG